AUGAACGCCCCGGACAGAUUCGAGCUCUUCUUGCUCCAAGAUGGCGAGAAGAAGAUCACCGAGACUCCUUUCCCUCGCAUGUCGAACUGUUCCGACUUCACCCUGAAGAAGGAGGACCACACCCUUGGUAACCUGGUCUCGGAGCACCUGAAGAAGCACCCCAACGUUCUGAUGGCUGGAUAUAAGAUUGCCCACCCUAACGUGCCUGAGCUUUUCAUCCGCGUCCAGACGGACGGCCAAGUCACCCCCAAGGAGGCCAUGCUCGAGGUCUGCAAGAACCUCAUUGCCCACUUUGCCCAGCUCGGUCGCGAGUUCACCCGCGAGUACGAGCUUCGCCGCAUGGCUGCCGCAGGUCCUUCUACCAACGGGGGCGCAGACGGCGUGAAUGGUCAUGGUUUCUAG